AUGGAUUCAAUACAAGCACAACAAUGUACUACAAAAAUAGCACAAGACUUGAACAAUUUAAGUGACAUCUCAUCUUCUAUUGAUUCUACCGGUAUUGUUACCUCUUCUUCCUCUAUGCUUACUCGAAUAGUCGGUUUUGUGCCUUCAGUUCUGUUUCGAAUAGCUGGUUUUACAACGAUUACUAUUCCACUCUUCUUUUAUCGGAUUCUUACUUGGUCGUUUACUUUACACCUGAACUUUUCUUCUUUGGCCAUGUUGAUUGCUUUGAUUGGUCUUGUUGGUUAUUACAUUAUCAGAUACCGCUUUUUGACAAAGUACUCUCGUCUUAAACCUGUAAAUCCUCAAAAGGCUGCUUCCUCCUUUGAUUUACAUCCCGAUUCUGGUGAAGAUUCUGGUUAUUCCAAACCCAAUAUCAAGAAUUACCCUGAUGAAUUCUUAUCGGCCUUUUUGUCUAGUAUCAAGAUAUUUGGAUACCUCGAACAACCCGUGUUUCACGAAUUAGCACGACAUUUACAAACAAAGAAAUUACUGGCAGGUGACACUUUGUUUCGAAAUCCUGAACAAGAACGUUCGUUUUAUAUCGUUGUAGAUGGACACGUGCAAAUGUUUGUGAAGCCUGAUAAUGACAACAACAACGACAACAGCGAUGAUACCUACAGCGAUAAAAAUUCUGAUGAUGAUCAUGGUGCCACAUUUACAUUAUCUGAUUCUGAAGAUUCAGGUACUAGAAAGAAACGACGGUAUGACAAAUUCAAGGAUUAUACUCUUAUCAACGAAGUAGGUCAAGGUGGUACCCUCUCUAGUCUGUUUACAAUUCUCUCGAUCUUUAGGGAAAGUUUCAACCGUACUGAACUCAAAGAAAAAACAAGACAUAAAUCCAUGCGUCAACAAAUUGCUUCAAGAUCAGGUCAACAACAAGAUUCUUCCUCUCGUCAGGGUUCUACAAGCUUACCUCCUCCAGUGCUAGAAAUGCGACGUGAUACUUCUUCUGAUGAGUGGCGCCAAGUCUUCCCCAAUUUGGAAAACCAAACAAGUGACCCAAGUUUACCAGUCUCAAGUAAUUCUUCUGUAGCAGCUCCGGAUAUUUCUCCAAAUACCAGUCGCCAACAUCGAUUAUCUUCGUUUGGCAGUAUGGGAAACAAUGGAUCACAUCGAAUCAACAAGAAUGCAUAUACUCCACCAAUGACAGCAAUUCAUCCACAAGAUGAUAUUAUCGAUACUUCUCUUGGUGCUGGUUUUGUCAAUCCACAAAUUCAUCCUCGCAAGGCAGCAUCUCAAUCAACCUCUUUUUACCGAAGACAAUAUCGAUCAGUCCAUCCCAACAUCAUUGCAAGAGCAACUGUAGAUACAACUCUAGCCGUGAUUCCUGAAGAAGCCUUCCAUAAAUUAACUCAAAAAUUCCCCAAAGCUGCUGCUCAUAUCGUUCAAGUGAUUGUGACAAGAUUCCAAAGAGUAACAUUGAUGACGAGCCAUCGAUAUCUUGGAUUGACAACUGAACUUUUACGACUCGAAAAGUUAACGAAUGACUCCGUUAGUGAACAUGGACCUUUCUGGAACUCUCCUGGUGACUUUUUUCUUCCUAGUGCUAUGGAUCGACUCCGAAAGAAAUUUGCAACUGAAAAUAAAGAUGGAGAUGUUACUAGCCCAACGACUCCGACAUCAACAACAGGAACUAGCAAAGGUAGCGGUAUCAACAGCGUUGCCGUCAAUAGCAAUGGUAGAAAUAGUACUAGCAAGGAUUAUCCACGCAACACUCCUACUACUUUCUCACCUCGACAAUUGCAUUACAAUUCCAAAGUUACCGGUGACGAUGAUUACAGUAUGGAAGAUGAUGAACAUCUUCGAACAUCAGUGGUCAAAUGUCUUUCAAAGUCUCUUGGUAUUAAAACGGCACCUGACAGUAACUCAUCGACAUCGAACAACAAAUUGCCUUCUUUACUUUAUAGUCAUGGAUCACCUCGAGAACCACGUCGUAAUAACUACUUUGAUUCACCUGAACAGUUACGUUCUAGGCAUGUCUAUCCAAUGGAUCUUUUCUCGCAAGCAGGUACAGUAGAUUCAAACCCAUCACCUACACUUGAUGCUCUCAACUAUCCUUACGAUGACGAAUUGGACAAUCUUUCUACUAUUUCGUCUGUACACUCUGGUACAGAUUCUCAUGGAGGUGAUCGACAUCAACACCAUUUAUCAAACUUUAUCUCACCUGAUGAAAUUAUGAUCAUGUAUUACCCAGAAGGUGCAGUAUUAGUACGUGAAAGGGAACACUUUGGAGGACUCUUUUUUGUUAUUGAUGGACUUUUGGAAGCGACAAUGACACCCACUGAAGGUGAAGAAGGAAAUACACCUAUUUUACAAAGUAACAACGAACAAUCAUCUAUUCGACCAGUACGACGAAAAUCAAAUUUGACGAAAAGGAUGUCAACCAGCAGCGGAAGUAAAUCAAAACAAAAAUUCUCAACAAUCUCUUUAUUCCCAUCUGUUGACAGCAACAAACAUCAACAACAAUUACAAAAUCGACAAAAUGAAGUAGUGGCCUCUGAAGCACCAGCAGGACGAUUACCUAGUGACAAGCAGAAAAAAUUCAACAAGAAACAAAUCAAGAAACCGGCCUUCCGUAUACAUCCUGGUGGAUUAGCAGGUUAUUUAGAUGCUUUGACUGGUCAUCCUAGUUUUGUUGAUAUUCGAGCGAAACAAAACACUUAUGUGGGCUACUUACCAAAGAAAUCUCUGGAUCGUAUUGUUGAUCGAAACCCAAAUGUGAUGAUGAAACUGGCAAAACAAUUGGUGGAUUCAUUAAGCCCUUUAUUGUUACAUAUUGAUUUAUCUUUGGAAUGGAUGCAAGUAAAUGCUGGACAAAUUAUAUGUCGUGAAGGUCAACCAAGCGAAUCUAUUUAUAUGGUUCUACAUGGACGUUUACGAACAAUCAAAGAAAAGAAGGAAGGUGGUUUGGAAAUCCUUGGUGAAUUCGGUCAUGGUGAAAGUGUUGGUGAACUGGAAGUCUUAACUGGAACUCCUACUACUUCUACACUCCAUGCUAUUCGUGACUCUGAACUUGCACGAAUGCCAAAGACAUUAUUCAAUGCUCUUGCACAACGUCAUCCUGAGGUCACUCUUCAAAUUUCACGUAUGGUUGCUUACCGCUCAUUACAAUUGGUUAUGAACAAAUCGAUUCCAGGUCAAGACAAAAAUGUAUCUUUCCAUCUACAAAACGCCAUCUCUUCAGGAACAGCAUCUUCAAGCAAGGAAAUAUCUUCGUCAGCUCCCAACACUGAGCUUUAUGGACGUAACAAUGUUAAUCUCAAGACAAUUGGUAUUUUACCUGUCAAUUCAAUGGUACCUCUGACGGAAUUCGCAGCCAAUUUGAAAAGUGCAUUGAUACAUGAUGUCGGGGCUUCUUGUAUCUUACUCAACAGUGCUACUGUGACAGCUGUUAUGGGUAAACAUGCUUUCUCAAGGAUGGGCAAACUCAAAAUAGCAUCAUGGUUGGCAGAACAAGAAGAAAAGGCAAGAAUUGUACUUUAUUUGGCGGAUAGUGGUGUCAAUUCCCAAUGGACUCGUACCUGUAUUCGACAAGCAGAUUGCAUUUUAUUGGUCGGUCUUGGUGAUGAGGAUCCAUCAGUGGGUGAAUAUGAACGAUAUAUGAUCAAUAUGAAAACGACUGCUCGAAAGGAACUGGUGUUAUUACAUCGUGAACGUUCUUGUAUACCAGGUUCAACUCAAAAUUGGCUAAAGAAUCGUCUCUGGAUUCAAGCGCAUCAUCAUAUCUUUAUGGCUAUGAAACAGCAUGCAACAUUGUCAACUGAUCGUGUUCGACCUCCAUGGUUGACAACUCAAGGUCGGAAGAUGACAGAAGGAUCCAUCAAUAUGUUGAACAAUGUGAAAGAUCAAUUGGAAAAGUAUUAUUCAGCAGUACCUACUUUUGGGCGACUUUUGGUGAUGAACAAGAAACGUGGAACAACUUUAACUAGUGUGGAUACUUUAUCAAGGAAUGAUUUUGCAAGAUUGGCACGACGGUUAUGUGGAAGAUCAGUAGCACUUGUUCUUGGUGGUGGUGGUGCACGUGGAAUCAGUCAUAUUGGUGUGAUUCAAGCAUUAGAAGAAGCUGGUAUUCCUAUUGACAUCAUUGGUGGUACAAGUAUUGGUAGUUUUGUUGGUGGACUAUACGCUCGCGAUAUGGAUCUAGUAUCAACGAUUGCACGAAGCAAGCUAUUUGCAGGUCGGGUUUCAAGUAUUUGGCGACAAGUGAUGGAUUUGACAUAUCCUGUGACGGCAUGGUUUACUGGACACGAAUUCAACCGGGCCAUUUGGAAAUGUCUUGGUGACAGUCUGGUAGAAGAUUUUUGGCUACCAUACUUUGCAGUGACGACCAACAUUACAUUUUCACGUAUGGAAGUACAUACCACGGGUUACGCAUGGCGAUACAUUCGAGCAUCAAUGUCUUUAUCUGGUUAUAUGCCUCCGAUUUGUGAUAAUGGCAAUAUGCUUGUAGAUGGGGGUUAUAUGGACAACUUACCUGUGACGGUGGCGAAGAACAUGGGUGCAGAUAUUGUGAUUGCAGUAGAUGUGGCCUCCGAUGAUGAUACAAGUCCUGUCAACUAUGGUGAUUCCAUCAGUGGCUGGUGGGCUAUAUUACACAGUUACAAUCCUUUCCGAACAUACAAUAUCCCUAGUAUUGCCGAGAUUCAAAGUCGAUUGACCUACGUCAGUAGUGUUGCUAAACUGGAAGAAGCCAAAUUGAUCAAUGGUACUCUCUACGUCAAAUUACCCGUCCAACAAUGGGGUACAUUGGAAUUCAGCAAGUUUAAUGAUAUCAAGAAUCUGGGCUAUCAAGUUGGAAAAACAGUCGUUGGCAGAUGGCUAAGUGCUGGCUAUGCUACUGGACGCUUAGCUGAAGAUGAUGAUCAAGGACGAUGGUUAGGAAAGGAAGUCAAAGGAAAACGGGGUAGAAGAAAUAGUGUCUAG